UCUCACAUAAACACAACAUAACAUCUCCACAAACUGUGCAGCAGAGAGCCGCUGAGAAGAAAGAGCCUUGAGAUACUGAAACCAAAUCCUUUCCCUUUUCCUUCACGCCUCCAUUAACUCUCCUUCUCACUCCUCUCUCUGUUUUUCUCUCUCUCUCUCUAAAACCCACCAUUUAUACCCCACUCUUCAUCCCAAAACACCCCAUUGACUCCCCUUUCUUUCUUCAUCCCUUCCCAACAAAAAACAGGUGAAAACAGGGGAACGUGUAAAGAAACAGAGAAAUUAGGGGGUUUUAUGGGUUCUUGCAAAGAACAAGAACACGAUCGGCGCAAGCGGCUGUGGGUUCAUGGGCCUAUAAUUGUAGGGGCAGGCCCAUCGGGAUUGGCCGCCGCCGCCUGUCUCUCGCGGAACCAAAUCCCCUCUCUCAUUCUCGAGAAAACCGACUGUAUUGCUUCUCUCUGGCAAUACCGAACCUACGAUCGCCUCAAACUCCAUCUCCCCAAGCAAUUUUGCGAGCUCCCUCUCAUGGGUUUCCCCGAAAAUUUCCCCAAAUAUCCCACCAAGGACCAGUUCAUCUCCUACAUGGAAUCCUACGCUUCUCGUUUCUCCAUCCACCCCCGGUUCAAUCAGGCCGUUCGGACGGCCGAAUUCGACGCCCUUUCCGGCUUCUGGCGGGUCUCCACGCAGGACACGGACUACAUUUCGCGCUGGCUCGUCGUCGCCACCGGCGAGAAUGCCGAGCCGGUCGUCCCGGAGAUUUUGGGGAUCCACCGGUUCCGGGGACCGGUGGUUCAUACUAGCGCGUAUAAGUCCGGUUCGGAAUUUAAAAACCGGCGGGUUUUGGUCGUCGGUUGUGGGAAUUCCGGUAUGGAAGUUAGCUUGGACCUCUGUCGACAAAAUGCCGUUCCUCACAUGGUUGUUAGAAACACGGUUCAUGUGCUUCCGAGAGAGAUGUUUGGAUUCUCAACAUUUGGAAUAGCCAUGGGGCUGCUGAAAUGGCUACCUCUCCGACUGGUGGACAAGAUUCUUCUACUAGUAGCCAACCUCACCCUCGGCAACACCGAUCAUCUAGGUCUCCGGCGCCCGAAAACCGGCCCCCUCGAGCUCAAGAACGCCACCGGGAAAACCCCGGUUCUCGACGUCGGAGCUCUCUCCCAAAUCAAAUCAGGAAAGAUCAAGGUGAUGGAAGGAGUAAAAGAGAUAACAAGAAAUGGAGCAAAAUUCAUAGAUGGACAAGAGAAGGAGUUUGAUUCAAUAAUCUUGGCAACUGGGUACAGAAGCAAUGUGCCUAGUUGGCUGAAGCAGGGGUGUGAUUUUUUCACCGAGGAUGGGAUGCCGAAGACCCCGUUUCCGAACGGGUGGAAGGGCGAGAAGGGGUUGUACACGGUUGGGUUUACUCGGAGGGGGCUACUCGGAACGGCGUCGGACGCCAUGAAGAUUGCCCACGACAUCGCCGAUCAAUGGCGGGCAACGGUGGCGACUGCGACGGGGAAAGAUGGCAAGAAUAACUCUUCCAAUUCUUCCUCUUCCUACGUGAUCGUUCUCAAAGAAUCCAAAAGAAAAUGAAGUAGCUAGUUAAACCAAAAGAAAAGAAAACUUUGGGGAUUAGAUUACAUGGGGGUAAUUACUAAUUAGUUAUUCUUCUUCCACCUAACGAAGGGGUAUGAUGUAAUUUUCUCUUUUUUUUUUCUCUCCUCUCUCUUCUUGGGGUUGAUUUGUAAAUGCAGCAAUUUUGCAUGGGGAGUUUCAUGUCUUUUUGGUUGUUGUCAAUGAAGCUUUGUACAGAAGGGGGAAAAUCUCAAAAUAGAAUGUAUCUAUUCUCAUUUGGUCACAAA